CUUGGCUUGUUUUUCUCACCUCCCAGGAUCAUGUCUUGAUCGUUUUGUUCAUCAUCGAAGUUUGAAAGCCAUCUCGCUCAAUACCACAAAAGGCCCUUUGUUCGUUGAAAGAAAUAACGCCCACCACUAACUGAGAUGUCGUCCACCUCCACUCUCAUAUCCGCAGUAGGGGUCGUGUGGAGAUAUGCCUGGUUUCUGGCGUUUCGUCCAUUGGCCAUCCUCGUGCUGACGGGUGCAACCAUAUCCCUUAUUCGAUCUGGUGUCUCACUUUGCAAGGAUAUUCCCUCUAUGGCCUAUGAGAUAUUCAUGUGGUUCACCUCCUAAUGUGAUAGGAAGGGGUUGUGUUAAUACCUGUAUUACGUACUGGAGCGAAGGUAUCUUGGCGUUGAUGAUUUGUCAUGGUUGCAUGGUUGCAUUGUG